UUUUUGCUGCUGUGGCUCCGCCCCUAUAGGUGGAGGGUUGGGUUGCACAGUUUAACUGACUUACCUCAGUGGAUGGAGGCUGAUUUUUGCCUGCUGCUGACAGAUCAAGCAUCACCGAUUGUCCCUGCUCGUCCGUCAGCAUUUGUCUCCACCGGCUGAACUACAGGCCAGGAGCAGCAUCAAGAGGAACAUUUUCUUCUGUUUAGCACUUUUACCAAAAAGAGUAGGCGAACCCAUCGGCUGAGGUUGGUUACAGUCGCGUCAGAGUAGCCAAAGAUAGCAAAUUUGCAUCUUAAAACAGCUUUCAAAGACAGCCAGUUAUGGGUAACAGCAAGAGUGGAGCGGUGUCCAAGGAGAUCCUGGAUGACCUGAAACUCAACACCAAAUUCACAGAGACGGAGAUAGUCCAGUGGUAUGAAAACUUCAAGAAGCAGUGUCCAACAGGGCGCAUUUCCAAGGAUGAGUUUCAGAACAUCUACAAAAAGUUCUUUCCAGAUAGCGACGCCAACACUUACGCCCAACACGUCUUCCGUUCCUUUGACACGAACGACGAUGGCACGCUGGACUUCAAGGAGUACAUCAUUGCUCUCCACAUGACGUCAACGGGGAAGACCACCAGCAAACUGGAAUGGGCAUUCUCUCUGUUUGACGUGGACAAAAACGGAUACAUCACCAAGUCAGAGGUCACAGAAAUCUGCUCGUCAAUUUUUAAGCUGAUUCCAAAAGAUGAAGUGCCGGAUCUACCUGACGAUGAAAACACACCUGAGAAGAGGGCCGACAAACUCUGGAAGGCCUUCAAUAAGGAAGAAAAUGAGCGAGUUGCAGAAGGAGAGUUCAUCCAGGGACUGUUGGAUAACGACGACGCUCUUCGUUUGAUCCAGUAUGAACCUUCAAAGUAACGUUCCUCUGUGAGCGCUCCCUCGCCGCCAGGCUCGGUCUCUCUGUAAACGCAGCACCCGACAGCCUCCUGAACACACCUGAGGUGUGUUGGUCGUGUCCUCGUCCCAGAACUUCUUCUCCUGCUUGGUUUUGUAACGUGUGACUCGUGUGCUGUCUGAAUAGCCGUUAGCUUUAAACAGAACAUGUAGAAAAAGUGGAAAGCAGAUGAUCACAUGAAAGAUGCAUUCAUCGUUAUCACCAUAGCAACCAUUUACAAAUGUGAUGGUUUGCAGCAAAUCACCACAUAAAGAUGAAAAUAUCUCGUUUUUACAAAGUCUGCAGCCAAAAGCACGCCGUCACAGUUGGUAUUUCAUUUAAAAUCUUAGAAAAGAUCAGUUUUUUUUCCAUAUGAUAAUCUGUCCUGUGCAUUGGUUUGAUUAUUGUCCCGUAAUCCCAAAAUUCCAAGGUGGAAUAUCUGUGCAUGUUUGAUGUUAUACUGAGAAUUGGAAAAGUAGUGCUGGUCCUGGAUUCUCCUUUGUUAUAAAUCCACCAAAUGAGAACAAUAAAGCUCUAACUAAAACAUG